AAGCCGAGCCUCCUUCACCCGGUUUCCAGCGAAGGGAAGGCAGCCUUUACCGGCGUGCAGGGGCAGAAUCGUGUGAGUAGCACCCGGUCAUUAACAGCCCUUUCCUCCUUCCAAGAGCUGGCAGCGGACAGCCUCUCUACACUCACCCCGUCCCUCUAACAGGGCACCCGGACCCUAUCCAAAAAACCAGGAGCUGUCACGUGGGAUAUGCCCUUUAAACUGGGACUCAGUUCUCUGCGCUGAUGAGUGUGCACUCACCCCAGAUUGAGGGUAAAUGACGCUGAAUAUGCCACGAAGUCCCACCUCCAGUGAAGAUGAGAUGGCGCAGAGUUUUUCAGACUAUUCAAUGGAGUCCGAAUCUGACAGUUCGAAAGAGGAAACCAUCUAUGAUACCAUCAGAGCCACUGCAGAACGUCCAACCAGUCGUCUGGAGGACAUCCAGACCAACACUAUGGUCAUCAGGAUUGUGAUUCCAGACCUACAGCAAACUAAAUGUAUCCGUUUUAACCCCAACGCUACCGUAUGGGUAGCAAAGCAGCGGAUCCUGUGUACGCUCAACCAGAGUCUGAAGGACGUCCUCAACUACGGCUUAUACCAGCCUUUCAGUAACGGAAGGGACGGAAAGUUCCUUGAUGAGGAACGUCUUCUGCGGGAAUACCCACAGCCAAUGAGCAGGGGAGUACCAUCCAUGGAGUUUCGCUAUAAGAAGAGAUUGUACAAACAGUCCAGCAUUGAUGAGAAACAGAUCGCCAAGCUCCAUACAAGGGCCAGCCUACGUAAAUUUAUGGAUUACAUCCAGCACUGCUCUGUAGAGAAGGUUAACAAGAUGCUGGACCGAGGACUGGACCCAAACUACCAUGACCCAGAUAACGGAGAAACCCCUCUCACGCUGGCCGCACAGUUGGACAACUCUACAGACGUCAUCAAAGCUCUUCGCAAUGGCGGGGCUCACUUGGACUUCAGGAGCAAAGAUGGCAUGACUGCUUUGCAUAAAGCGUCUCGGGCGAAGACCCAGACAGCUCUCGUGACCUUGCUGGGACUGGGAGCGUCUCCUGAUUACAAGGACAGCCGUGGUCUGACUCCCCUGUAUCAUACAGCGAUGGUCGGAGGAGACCCAUAUUGCUGUGAAUUACUGCUUCACGAACACGCCACAGUGGGAUGCAAGGAUGAAAAUGGCUGGCAAGAGAUCCACCAGGCGUGCCGAUACGGCCACUUCCAACAUUUGGAGCACUUAUUGUUUUAUGGAGCCAACAUGGGUGCUCAGAACGCAUCUGGAAACACAGCGCUACACAUCUGCGCACUUUAUAAUCAGGACGGCUGUGCCCGUGUUCUGCUUUUCAGAGGGGCUAACAAGGAAAUAAAAAACUACAAUAGUCAAUCUCCAUUCCAGGUUGCGAUAAUUGCUGGGAAUUUCGAGCUUGCCGAGUUUAUUAAAAACCACAAGGAAACAGAUAUUGUGCCGUUUAGGGAAGCACCCAGCUACUCGCACCGGAGGAGGGGGCCGCAGAGCACCUUGGCAGCGCCCAGAGUCCUGCUUCGCUCCAACAGCGAUAACAACCUCAACGUGAACAACAUCCCCGAGUGGUCGGCUGCCUCGACGUCUUUACACCGCAGCCUUUCGCCACAGCUACUGCAACAGAUGCAGAAUAAUCCUAAUGGCACUGUAAAAACAAUUGGGAGCUAUGCCCAGGUACCACGGAGCCGGUCGCCAUCGCUGAACCGCUUGGGGGACGAUGCAAAAAGGCAGCAGCACAGGCACGCCAGCCCUGGUCCCAACAAGGAAGCCGUAUCUGCUCUGGAUUAUCAAGGUCCAAAGCGAAAGCUGUACAGUGCCCUGCCCGGGAGGCAUUUUAUUGUGAUAAAGCCUUAUCAACCUCAAGGAGAAGGAGAGAUUCCUCUCAUUAAGGGGGACCGGAUAAGAGUUUUGAGCAUUGGAGAAGGAGGAUUCUGGGAAGGAAACGCCAGGGGUCACGUGGGUUGGUUUCCUGCGGAAUGCGUGGAAGAAGUUCAGCCCAAACCAAGCGAUGGCCGUCCAGAAACUCGAACAGACAGAACGAAAAAACUAUUUCGACAUUACACCGUCGGAUCCUACGACAGCUUCGAUGCUUCCAGUGACUGCAUCAUCGAAGAGAAAACUGUGGUUCUCCAGAAAAAAGACAAUGAGGGAUUCGGAUUUGUACUCCGAGGGGCAAAAGCUGAUACACCGAUUGAGGAAUUUAAUCCGACGCCGGCUUUCCCGGCCCUCCAGUACCUGGAAUCGGUGGACGAGGACGGCGUGGCGUGGCAGGCCGGUCUGAGAACGGGAGACUUUCUCAUCGAGGUGAACAAUGAGAACGUUGUCAAAGUUGGCCACAGGCAGGUGGUUAACAUGAUCCGGCACGGAGGAAACCACCUCGUCCUGAAGGUUGUGACGGUCACCAGGAAUCUCGAUCCAGAUGAUACGGCCAGGAAAAAAGCACCCCCGCCUCCCAAGAGGGCUCCGACAACCGCUUUGUCCUUGCGGUCUAAAUCAAUGACUUCAGAACUUGAAGAACUUGCAGUGGAUAAAGCCUCUGUACGGAAAAAGAAGGAUAAAACGGAGGAGAGCGGGCCCUCAUCCAAGCCCGUGAGACAAGUGGAUAACGUACCCUUAGAUUCCAGAAUUGCCACAAUUAAACAACGCCCGUCCAGUAGAUGCUUCCCUACUGCUCCAGAAACAAAUUCGAUGUAUGAUAGGCAGGGUAUCGCUGUAAUGCCUCCCGCAGUUCCAGGAAACCAGCAAGGCCCUUUUCUCGGUAUACCCCGCGGCACAAUGCGAAGGCAAAAAUCGAUAGACAGCAGAAUCACUCUGUCAGGUAUAACUGAAGAAGAAAAGCAGUUCUUGGCACCUCCUAUGUUGAAGUUUACCAGAAGUCUGUCUAUGCCGGAUGCAUCCGAAGACAUUCCACCUCCACCAGCGACUUUACCUCCUUCUCCACCUCCACCUUCACCGUCACCAUUUAAUGCCCCUAAGUCUCCGAGUCCUAGAGGUUAUGGCACCAUUAAGCCAACGUUUACACAAAAUUCCGGAACAAAGUCUCCGUCGCCGGCUGUCCGAUCCGACACUGUAGGGACAAUGAUCAGAGACAAGAGCGUGUUUUUCAGACACGAGUCAGACAGGUUCUCGUUAGAUGCGGAGGACUUGUAUAGCAGCAAAGCGGCACCCCAGCAAAAUUUCGUAAAUAAGAGAGGCCAGAUGCCUGAAAAUCCCUAUUCUGAAGUUGGAAAGUUAGGGAGCAAAGCCAUGUAUGUUCCUGCCAAACCUGCAAGGCGGAAGGGAAUGCUGGUGAAACAAUCCAAUGUGGAAGACAGUCCAGAGAAGACCUGCUCCAUUCCAAUCCCAACCAUUAUCAUAAAAGAACCUUCAACCAGCAGCAGUGGAAAAAGCAGCCAAGGAAGCAGCAUGGAGACGGACCUCCAGAACUCAGAGCAACUUGGCCAACUGCGGCCAGAUGACACGUUGAACGUGAGCGGUCCCUUUGCUGCUGCUAUCGCCGGUGCAGUGAGAGACAGGGAGAAGAGGUUGGAGGCAAGACGCAACUCUCCAGCCUUCUUGUCUACGGACAUGGGAGAUGAGAGCGUUUGCCCUACCCCAAGCCCAAGGUUGCGGCACUCCAAGUCAAUUGAUGAGGGCAUGUUCUGCCACGAGGAGAGCUUGAAGCAUUUUAUGGCUCCGUCCUCACUGAUUAUAAACAGAGGGUCUUCAAAUUUCUUCGGUAACUAUGAAUCCAGCCAUCAGGGAGAGUUGAACAAUUCAAGGGCAGGAAAGGGAAAAGGUCAGGAAAACAAUGCAACUUCAGCCAAACCGGUCGGUGCGCCGGGCAAUUACAUGCAUCCGGUUACAGGAAAGCUUCUAGAUCCUAAUUCACCUCUGGCUCUGGCGUUGGCUGCUAGAGACAGGGUUAUAAAGGAACAAAGCCAACCCAUCCCCAGCCUUCCCGAACCUGAAAAAGCCGAUCUCAACAAGCCACUUUAUAUUGACACAAAACUACGAUCCAGCCCAGAAAGUUCAUUUCCAGCAACCGCGGCAAUCAAUUCAAAUAGGCAGCCCCAACGAGGGGUCCUAAAGAGGCAAGAGACCGAGAGCAAGCAUGAACCGGACACGGUGAAGGAGGAAAAACGCCACGAGGAGAAAAAGAACAUGUUAAUCAACAUCAUGGACACGUCACAGCAGAAGACAGCUGGGCUGCUCAUGGUUCACACAGUAGAUACAACCAAAGCUGAUGAUGUUCUGAGUGAAAACGAAGAAGCAGAGAAGUUAUCAUCUCCAGACAAUCCCAGCACUAAAGCAUCAGAACGUCCUGAAGAACUAGAAAAUUCAUUGCCCAGAACCACGGACCCCGGACCCCCUGCACCUCCUAGCAAAGCCAUCAUAACCGUCUGCUCUGUGGACGAGCCGGUCAUUCUACCUUUCCGAAUCCCUCCUCCGCCUUUUGCCUCGAUAGAUGUGGAUGAGGAUUUCAUCUUCACUGAGCCCCUGCCGCCUCCUCUGGAGUUCGCUAACAGUUUCGACAUCCCAGAGGAUGCGUCUGCAAUGCCGCCCUCCACCAUGUCUGACUUUUUGAAUCAGAGAAAAAACGGGACUCUCCCUCCGACUUCAUUCCAUCCCAACGUUGCCUCUAACUCUUUAGAAAGUAAAAAGCCUUUGGGCAUGUCCAACUGCCUGCCUGCCUCGUUCAUCACGCACCCCGAAAGCUUUGACAACGUCACGGACUCUGGGAUCGAGGAGGUGGACAGCCGCAGCAGUAGUGACCAUCAUUUAGAGACGACAAGCACUAUUUCCACCGUCUCGAGCAUAUCUACCUUAUCGUCCGAGGGUGGAGAGAAUCUGGACACAUGUACAGUCUAUGCAGAUGGGCAAGCGUUUCUAGUCGACAAACCCCCGGUACCUCCAAAGCCAAAAGUGAAGCCCAUAAUCAGCAAAAGCAAUGCACUUUACAAGGAUGCUGUUCUUGAAGAAAAUAUAGACAAUUUUGUUAUCCCACCUCCUGCUCCUCCGCCACCCCCUCUUGGAAUGCAGCCCAACACACCCAAGGCUGGGCAACAAAGGACCUCCAAAUUGUGGGGCGACGCCACAGAGGUGAAAAGCCCGGUGAUGCCAAGCCCCAAAGCCAAUGUCAUUAGCGAAUUAAAUUCCAUCUUGCAGCAGAUGAACAGGGAAAAGGCUUUGAAACCCGGAGAAGGUUUGGAAUCGCCAACUGGGAUGAAAACAGCAAAUCUCAGCACAAGGGGCUCAGAUGCAUUGAGUACUGUCUCAGGUAGCAGAAAUACUACGGUCACGUUCACCGUCCGUCCCGGAGCUCACCAGCCAAUCACAUUGCAGAACAGGACCCCCGAGUUUGAUGGCAGGAUCGCAGGGAUGAGACGCGCCCCGAGCCCCGUGGUGUCUCCGGCCGAGAUCACCAGAGAUAUUAAGCCAGGUCCAAUGUCGGCUCCGCCAUCUUCCAUGUCUGAUGUGUUCGUCUUACCCACCCAGCCUCCCGGCGGGGACCUCUUUGGGAUGAGCAUGGGGAGAAGCCGGUCCCCUUCCCCAUCUAUUUUGCAACAGCCAAUUUCUAAUAAGCCUUUUUCAGCAAAACCCGUCCACAUGUGGACUAAGCAAGACGUGGCCGACUGGCUGGAAAGCCUACACCUCGGAGAACACAAAGAAAUGUUUAUGGACAAUGAAAUCGAUGGAACCCAUUUACCAAGCCUUCAAAAGGAAGACCUGAUAGAUCUCGGGGUCACCCGAGUUGGCCACAGAAUGAAUAUAGAACGAGCUUUAAAACAGCUACUGGACAGAUAAAAGUUACCUAGCGCUGCCUCUUCGCUUUUUAUUUUAAAAGUCCUUUCCUUUCUAAAUUUCUUAAUAGGGCCCGUAAUCCAUCAAACGACGAAAUAUCCUUUUCUUUACUUAAAUAGCUGUACAGAUCAUUUAUAAGCACAAUAUUUUACUGAAAUAAGUGGCUGGUCUACUAGGCUGCUUUGGUGCCACUUUAGUUCUAGAGAAAGAAAAAAAACACCAGGUUAGGGAAAAAACAAGAGAA